AUGUCUAUCUUCAAUGCUCUCAAUUCAAACAUCGAAGGUGAACAAUAUGAGGCGGAGGAGCAUUCGAGAGAGCUGCAGAUCGAACAGAGUUUUAAGACUUUGCAGGAUGCUUUAAUUGAUCUAAAGAACAGAGAUUUUCAAAAAUCGGACAACAAAUUUCAAGAGCUCUUCCAAAUUGAUGUCGUCAAGCCUGAUAGGUGGGGGAUGUACCGUAACUCCUCUCCGACUUUAGAUAAUCUGCGUUAUCUAUGUUAUAGGAAUAGAGGAAUGUACUACCAUUUAUAUUUAGAGAAGAAUUAUGAAAGCUUGAACUCACAAGAGUUGGUUAAUUGUAUUCUAAAAGUAGUCGAGAACUUGGUGGAAUCCAUUCAACACAGCGAUGCAGAUUUUGCAAUUACAGAUUUAUUGGUUCGAAUCUUCAAAAGCUUCAAUAGUAUCAAAUUGGAGCGUUUGAUUUCAGAGUAUGAAUUUACUAAAGAAGAAAACCUUUCCCUUUUAUUGGGUCGUCACCGUAAGUUUAUUUUGAGUGAUUUGACUCUAAUGAUGAAUAAUUAUAUAGACCUCAUGGACACGUUAUUGGUUCCCAAUUUAUCAGAUAAGACGAUUUUUGAAAGAUAUCAAUUAGACAAGUACAAAGAUAUCAAGCCGGAGGCGCUAUCUUUUGGUCCAAUUCUCUCGAGGAUUUCAGAAAUGAAAAGGCAAGAUGAGGAAAUAAUGAAAGAAUUGGAUGUGUUUAAUGUCACGUUGAAUGAAGAAUCUUGGGACGACGUUGCGAAAGCUUUGAAAAACUUACUGCCCAGCGUUAAAACUUCGUCUCUCAUCGGUAGGAAUAUGGAUCCAUAUAACGAAAUUGAAGAACCCAUUGAAGCCGUUAGGUUCAAAUUAUCGGAAUCAAUUAAUAAUACACCUUCUUUAGAAAAAGAUUUUGAACAGCAAGAAGAAGAGCAAGAUAAAGAGAGCACACAAGUGGAGGAUAAGGAUGGCAAUUUAGUGCCAUCAGAAACCCAAGUCAGCGAAGAAUCCAGGCCUAACAAGAGGCCUGAUGAACAUGCAGAUACUGCGAAGCCUUUACAAAGAAGUAGUAAGCGUUUUAAAGAGAGGGAGCAGGAAAACUCAAAAGAGCUUGUCAUGGACGUUCAUAAGAAAUUUUUUGCUGAGUUCAACACGCUUUUGUCGUAUGUCCAUAUGCAACCGCUCUGUGAUUUUAACACAUUCACCUCCAAAUUCGUCACCGGCUAUGACCCUGGUCAACCGGAGACAUGCAUUCCUUAUGCUGAUCUUUAUGAGUGUUUAAGAUCUUGGAACAGCAGGUAUACUGAUAUUUUCAACCAAAAUGACUAUUUGUCUAGUGGUUCUAACGAAAAUGAAGAGCUAUUUCAACUAAAUGCUCUUUUGAAAUCCAAUGCAUUCGAUGAUAAAGACGGUUUUCCUAAAUAUUUGAGUGACCUGGAUACUAGUCAUGUCAAAUCCUUUAUUUCCGAAGUUAACGCAGGUAAUCUUCAUUUUCAUCAAGUGCGUUUAAAAUUGUUGUUUAAAUUGCUUGGGACCUAUGAUGGAGGAAAUGAAAGACGCCUUGUUAUAGAUUAUCUUUGGGAACCUCAGCUCCUGAAAACAGUUUUAUGGUUCGUUUUUGGAAUUGAAUCAAAUAUUUUUGCGUUUAUUUACAAAAACAAACUACAAUGUAAAUAUUUGGCUUUAUCGAUUUAUGAACUGCUAGUUAAUCAUUUAGGAAAUAUUGUCGAAGAAAUAACAAAUAAACGGAUUCAAGGACACAAGUCAGCAGAUUUGAAAAGUCAAAGAAACAAAAUUGAGAAAAGAAUUAGGUCUUGGCACGAGUUGCUAGAAGAAAUUGCUGAGGAAAAAGAUACCAAACUGUACGUUCACUUUCAGUGGACUCAUUACUGUUUCUUGCAGUAUACGUGUGAUAUCGUUGAUAAUAGGCUCUCCGAAACGUUGACAUCUUUAGAAAAUACUAUAGAAGUCUCAGACUCUUCUUUAGACGUCGCAUAUCCAAAUUAUCGUCAUAUACCGGCAUUGAAUUUAAACACAGUUCAAUCACAAAAAAGAAAAAUAAAAAUAAUACAAAAUAUAACGGUUGAAGAUAUUUCUGAAGACACAAGCUCUGACAAUUAUUCAGAAAAUCAUCUGGAGACGCUAGAGCGGGUUCUUUUGCAUAUACUAUACCCUUCGAUUAAAGAGCCAUCUAUCGAUGAGGAGAUGGUCUCCUUCAUCUCCAACUCGCCAUUCCUACUUAAAAUUAGGCUGUGGGGCGUUCUCUUCUCAUCAUAUGUUAAAAAAUCUAGCCUACGAGAUGUACAAAGGGUCUAUUUCCAUGUGCUUGACUUUAUGAAGAGCGCUUUAACAUCAGCCUUCUAUAAGGAAUCGAACCCUCAUGCAAGGCAUCAAAUGCUAUUGACUGUGCUAACAGCAAUCGGUUAUUUUUCUAGUCAACUGACCAAGAUCCUGAGCCUGAAUAGGUGGAAACAUGAUGACUUUGUGUUGGAGGACUUUAUGUUUGAGAAAUUAUUGCAAACGUUUUUCUUCUUUUACACCGUACUUUUUUAUGAAAGUUCUGCUGUUAAUGACAGUUCUAGUAAGUCAUUUUUCAAAAGAGCUUCAAGAUCAUCAGGAAAAAUGAAAGAUAUAAUAGUAGACCUGUCAACUCUAAUGCUCUACUAUUAUAAUAUCCAGGCAAACAGUAGUACACCAGCAGAACAAGGCAUUGAGACUACCGAAUUAAUUUGGUCUCUGCAUACUGUUUUUGGAUACUUCCAUUUUUGCGAUUCAUCAAAUGGUAAAUUUUUGGAUUUAUCUGAAAAACUGUUAUGUCAAUUCAUUAAUAACGAUUCAUUUUUACAAUUGAAACAAAUACUGUGGUGUAGAUAUCAUUACACUAUAGCUAGUGAUAAUUUCAGCCCCGAGUUGCAUGAUACGAAAGCUGUAGAAAUGGAAAAGAUCCAUUCUUUACCCCUGGGUACUUACCUUAUCAAAUUGCAAUAUCAAAACAAAAAUCCUUACCUUUCAUCAUCCAAGACUACCUUGAAGCAGAUUAUGGAUAAUAUCAUAGAAAAAAUUGGUGAUCCAUCGACCGUGGAUAAUCAUAUCAUAUCUAGAAACUCCUUUCUAUUAAAUGAAUACUUGUCGAGGCCAAUAACGGCAGACUUAUUGAAAAAUACAUUUUCUGGUGACACGAGUAUUUAUUUAACUACGCCACAUGAUGAAUUGCAACAAGGUAUGACAGCUGGUCUGUUCUAUGUAUCCAGUUUACAGUCUUUGGGUUUGUAUAAAAUGAGGAAAAAGUCCAUGCAAGCAAGACCUUCUGAGUUAGACUCCAUUAUCAGGAUGCUAAAGAAUGACAUUAUAUACAGCACGAAUCGUUUCGAAAGCUGGAUACUACUUGGGAAGUGCUACACUUAUAUAGUUGAAGAUGAUUUAAUUUGGACGUCAGAUAAAAUCACGGUUCCUGAUAAAAAAGAAGUUAUUGCUCUGACCCAAAGAAAAGCAAUUCUGUGCUAUUCAAUGGCUAUUUCCAUUUAUUAUAGUAGGCCGGAUCGAACUAACGAUGAUAAGAAGAUCAUACUAGAAGCGUUGGAUGAUUUAGGUUCUAUGCUAAUCAGCGGAUAUUAUAAACCUAUGAAUAAGCUUUGCUUCAGUUGGAAAAGCUGUGUUGAAAACACAAUGAGAUUAUCUGAGACUGGGGAGGUGAUGAUGGAAAAAACAAAGAAAAUUACCACAAUCUCAAAUUUUAACAUUGAGCAAAGUAUAUUUUUAUGUUUCAAUAGAGCGUGUUCUUUAUCGAACAGCAUCAAGUUGCAGGAUGACGCAUUCGCGUUAAACUGGUUUAGCUUUUACAGUCUCGCUAAAUUCUUUUUCAAAACAGAUGAUGGGAAUAAUUGGAAAUUAGUGGCGAGGUAUAUUAUACAGAGUUGUCAGAUAGCAAACGAGUCAUCUCCUGCUAAAGAUCCGAUCGUAGAACCGCAUUACUUAUUGGUUAACGCCAGUUACAAAUGGACAAAGAAAGGCAUCAUAAAUAUUAAUGAAGCUCUAGCCCUAUUAUCAAAAGACAACCAAUUUUUCCAAGAGCAUGAGGGGUUUUGGGUUAACGAUGAAGGACUCGCUGGGGACUACCAAGAAAAAGUAUUUUUUGACAAGAUUAUGAAACUACUUCAUCACCUAUUAUCGGUUGAUAAAAAAAAAUGGCAGCACAGGCCUCGUUACAGAAUUGCGCGGAUAUUGUUUGAUGAUCUUGGUGACGUGAAUGCUGCUUUGAAAGAAAUGGAUAGCUUAAUAUCCGCGAAAAGUGUGAACAAAAACUUGGUUAACAUAUGGAAGCCAGAUUUUGAAAGACCAGGGAAGCAUUUUAUCUAUACAUAUCAGUAUUUGGUUUUGUAUUUGAACUUACUUUUCGCCAUAAAGGAUUUCAACACGACUGGUCUCGUUAUAAAGAAACUAAGGCGUUUCGGUUCUGGAACAGUGAACAUAAACGAACUGUUAGAACGUGCCAUUGGUGUAUAUACGCAAAGUGCUAAGGGAAAAUUACAAUUACAAAACAAGAGUUAUGUCGAGCAGAUCCUUCCGACGCUCAACUACCAGAACUUUUUGAAAAUCAGUGAACAACUAAACCAGGUUUUUGACCAAAGCAAGUAUCCCGAAGAUAUAUCAUCUGGACUGAAACUUGCAUUCCAGCUGAAGAAGGGACAUAGUGGGAUUGCCUUCGACAGUGUAUGUCUAGGCAUAUAUUUCGAGUAUCUCUAUUACCCCUUAGCCCAUCAGGACCAGUCCCUUACAAAUGAAAACGAUGAGAGUAGUCCAGCACCACCAUCUUCAGGUUCUGUGACUUCAAAGAACACUCCAGACUCUACUUCUAAGCCAAGUGUUGUGAAGAAACGAGUGACUAAGAAGGAAGUCUUUGAUAGAAUCAGACUUUUGGUAGACAAGAUCACGUGA